AAAUGGUUCUUCAGGGUCCAACCGAAAAUCACAGUCUUCAACUAACACGCCUGAGACGAAAUGCGCUUUAGACUCGCGGUACGCUCGGGGUACGGGAAAAAAAAGCACGCUUCUGCUAGCAACUACACCAGCACUUGUACGAGUACGAGUACCGGUACUCGUAAGAGCAAAGUUGUUCCCCCGAUCGUUGAGACUGUGUGAGGUGGGCAUCAGCUGCAGGCUCUGACAUCUCCAAAAAGUGGCUUGGCUGGGUGGAUCAAAACUGGUCUUGUUUCUCAGCUGUGCGAUGGAAAUCAAGGAAAAGCGGUAACCCGAGCACAAGAGAAUCCAGGUGCGGGGGCGUCACUUCGACGUUCUCGAAGAAGAGCGCAGGCUUUAUUGUCCACUGACGUCGUUACUGAUAUCACAAACAGGGAUGAUGGGGGUAGUCGCAGGGAUCAGCUGUGGGGUGGAUUCAUGGCUGGGGAAAAAAAGAAGGAAGAAGGAACCAGAAAAGACUGGAGGGGUGUCAUGAGGGUUCGUGAGUAGAAGAUAUAGGUAGCCCCGGUUUCCCUCCUUCCAUUAUUUCCAUCUUCUCUUCUUUCCUCCUUCGUUCAUUGCAUUAGAGAUAUUAUCACCCUCUUCACUACCCUCGAUAUUAACCCCCACCAAUCACUUUCAACAUGCCCGUCCUGUUCGACGAAGAGAUGCUUAUCCCUCCUUCCAUGAGGAGGCAUAGAAGAUACUACACCAACACAUACGACGACUCCCGCGUCGAGACCACAGUGAUCGAGUCCCCCUCUAUGGCAUCGACCACUACCAUCGAACUCCCUUCCCAUCGCUCCCUCACUCCUCCUCACUCCCCCGUCCUCAUUCAUGAAGACCACUACGUUCCCCUCCCAACCGAGAUCGAAUGCUCUCGUGGCCGUGAAUAUGUCAUUCAUCCUGCUGGUCGACCAGCCGUCUACCACAAGCGGAUUGGAGGAGGAUUCGGUGGCGAGCUGGAUAUGGACUACUCACAUGGGCAUGGGUAUAGACACGGCCGGCACUACCAUCGCGCAAGGAGUGCUGGCCCAGUUUCAGAUUAUGACAGUUACUCUGAUGAUUACUACCUUGACGAUGGCACUCGUCACGGGAUCCGCCAUCACCGUCACGGGUCACCACAUGGUCAUCAUGGCCGUCACGGUCACCGCAUGGAACAUCUUUUGGAAGGCGGCGCCGGAAUCGUUGGUGCUCACAACCCUCAUGAGCAUAGAGAACAUAAAGGACAUUUUCACCACCGUUCUUCGUCUAGCGAUGGCCACAAAGGCCGACACCUCCUCGAGACCGCAGGCCUCGCCCUCGGUGCUAAGAAGCUUGCCGGUAUGAGGCAUAGAUCUCAUUCUCGCCCAGGUCGAUCUCCUUCUGGGGGCCGUCGUCGUCAUCUUGCCGAAGCUGGUAUUGCUGCCGUGGGGCUUGACCACGCUUUGAACCAUCGUCGAUCGCGCUCCCACAGUCGCCAUCGACACUUCAGCUCUGACUCGGAACGGCACCCAGGGUGGGGCAGGGAUGAUCAUAAGGCCCAUCGUCGUGCCAAGCGCCUUGCUGAGGCAGGACUCGGUGUUGCUGCUGCAGGUGCUGCUAAGGAAUUAUACGACCACCGUAAACACCAUCGGUCUUCUUCGGCAUCCUCAUCAGGUGGGGAACGCAACCAUAAUGGACGUCACAUUGCUGCUGCUGCACUGGGCGCCACAGCCGCCGGGCUCGCUCACCACAAGCGCUCUCACCGCCGCCGUUCCUCGUCUAUUUCGUCUUAUUCCUCUAGUUCGGAUGACGAGAAUAAGCAUCGUGGACGCAAGAUUGCUGGCGCUGCAGUUGGCACUGCAGCUACAGGGCUUGCUGCCAAGGCACUCUAUGAUCAUCGAAGGAAUAGAUCCAGAUCCUCGUCAACCUCAUCAUCACUCUCGGGUGGGGGCAAACACCGUCGCCGGCAUAGGCUCGGAAAAGCAGCACUCGGUACGGCAGCCGCCGCCGGCCUCAAGCACCAUCGUGACCGCCGUUCCCGUUCUCGCUCCCGCUCUAGCUCCCGCGAGCGAAGAAACCAUGCCAACGGACUGAGGAAGGCAGGGUACACUAUGGCCGGAGCUCUCGCAGAGAGGCAUCGUCGUGAACAGAAACACGGUAGAUCGCUUUCUGCCGAUGGGCGCCGCCCUGAUGGGCAUCAUAAUGGUUACCAUGACGGUCAUCAUAUCACUCACGGCCAUCUUAAACCUGGCCAAGGCUUUGUCGAAAGCGAGAGCAUCCAUUCAUCACCAAGCAGAACUGGAAAUCGUCCUCGUCGCGGUAGUCACGGAGGGGGAAUUCUAGGCGGCGGCCCAGGUCCCUCUGCCACGAGAAAUAUCGGAGAGGCGGUUGCGUAUAAGCUUGGAGAAGCAGUAGCCGAAGGGCUAAAUAGAGGGAGAUCGGGUAGCAUGGGUCAUAGGAGAUAGAUGUUUGUUUGCAUGACUUGGUGUACCUUUAUGAACGAUUCUCUUGUUGCAUGUAUGGAUAUGGCUUUUUUAUUUUUAUUUUAUUCAUUUUUAGGUCGGUUAAUAGGAGUAGGGUAUAAACGAAUCACCCCA